AAAAUAUAGUCUUGGUCUUCUCCUCCCAACCGCAGGCGGCGAAGUAGCACAAGGAAAGGCUCCAAUAAAAAAAUCGCCACCGGCGGCGACGGCGAGGCGGCUGCGGCGGCAGGCGGAGACAGCAGCGGGGGCCGCGGCAAGGAGGAGGCGCCGCCGAUCGAUCUGCCCGGCCCGGCGCGGCCAGGGGUCAAAAGCGGAAAAGAGGAGCCGCGGGAAUUUCUUCGCACCGGGGCGCACGCAAGGAAUCCAGCGAGGACGGGAAGCCAUGGGCCGGAAGGGUUCGGAUUCUUCCAGCUGAGCCCUGGGAACUCACGCGCAGGAGCGGGGGCAGGAGAGGGACAGAGGCGGACAGGCUGACGCGGACGCGGCGGCGCUGGGUUUGAUGAGGAAAGCUGGAGCCAAAGAGGGAUCAAUUGGAUCCAAGGGUGCAGUUGAUGUGAAUAGUUCACCUGUUUCCACAACAAUAACAGGAAGACCAUCUAUGAUCAAAGUUUGCACUUGCAGUGGAGGGUCAUCAUCAUCAUCUUCAUCACUUCGCAGUCUUAAGAACACAAAUAUUUCAAUGACCUGCAAAGGCUGUACUGGUGAAUCAACAACAGGCAGAGGUGGGCCAUCAUGUAGCAGCAAGUUUAACAGUACGGGCUUGGAGCUCCCAAGACCUAUAGAUCCUGAGGUGAGAUGGAAGACUGUAAACAGAAGACAGAGAGCUGCAAGGAAAGCAAGGACCUUUUUUGGGGAAGACAGAAGGAACAGUGGAAUUGGAUCUUUCUAUUUAUUUGGCAGUGCGACGAAUCAAGAGAUGACACAAGAAGAUGCACCAGUCUCUGAAUCUGAGAAGCUUGGCGUAUCCAUUCUCGGUAGACGCUUUAGUGAUCCUGUGGAAAAUGUUCCUAUAAAGAAGAGAAGGUUUCUUAUGGAUUGUUCUCCAUCGCCUCCACCCACUCCAUUGCUAGUGGAUUCAUGUGAAAAAAUAUUGGGCAGCUCUUCUAGCGGUAUCAAAUCAUAUGAGAAGCAUCUUAAGAUUAAGAUGCUAUCAACUGAAUGCAUGGAGGAGAGAAAAGGUCCUUUUGGUGCGGAUGAUUUUUCUGGUAUAUCAAUACUAGCCACCGCAGCUUGUGAGAGUGAGAUGGAUGGUGACAUACUAAAUGGAGCAUGCUCAAAGUUAGCUGAUCCUCUACAAGAAAGAAAGCUGGAAAAUACUAGGGGUAGCACUGAAUUGAGUCUACUGCAUGAAAUGAAGGAGGAUAAGUUAAAAAUUCCUGGCGCUUCACAUUGCAUACAUGAUAGGCCUAUUGGCUCAUCUAAUUCUGCUCCAGAUAUGAAUCCCUUACUUGCUACCACACUAUUUAACUCAGAAAAUCUUGUUGAAUCUGCAUCGCCUCUCAAGGUUAAUUAUUCAUCCCAUUCUGCACUGAACGGUGCAAACCAAAUAGAGAUUGCUUCUGAUGCCAAGUCUUCAAGUGUCACAAUGGCAGAUAGCUCAGGUAAUCCAGAAAAAACCAUGGGUUGCUCACAAGAUGCAGAUACGCAAACCAACCAUGCCAAUGCCACUCGCGAUUCUAGGCUGCACUGGGAUCUUAAUGUUCCCAUGGAGGCAUGGGACACCGAUUGUGGUGGUGAUAAUGAUCCUACAGUUGCUGCUGUAAGUGAUCAUAAUGAUGCUGGAAAUGACAUAAACAAAUCACAGCCAUCUCAUGAUCAUUUUUACUCGACAGAUGCUGGCGAUGCAUCAAAUAGCCCUAUUGACAAAAUUCAAAUGGCUGAUGUAUCAAAUGUGUGUGUGACAAAGGAUGAAGGGGGUUCUCCUGCUGACAGUCCAUCCCACCUUUUGCUCCAUCAGCCUUCCCAAAACUUUCAGCUAUUGGAAUCUGAAUCUGUAGGGAACGAUGCCCUUGCCAAAACAAUGGAUUUGCCUGACCAGCAGCAGAACAGAUUUGCUACCGUUAUGGAAUCACACAUAGGAUCAAAUCCAGAACCAGCUCUUACCAUGGAGCAUUUUCCUUCUCCACGCUUGGAGAAAAUUGAUGGUUCACACCCCCCAUCUGUUGAUUGUGAAGGUUUGUCUCAUAUGUCUUCUGUGAAUGGCCAUAUAGGAUGUAACUCACUCCAAACAAUUGAAUUGGGCUCCACAGUGAAACCUUUGGCAAGCAGAUUAGUUUCUGAGGAAAGCACAAACCUUCCAACACUAACCCCUUUCCAUAAAAAAGUUACUGAUUUUGGCUGGAGUGACAAUAAACUUGAAGAAGCUUCUGAACAAAGCAUAUCUGAAUCUAAGAACCAGGAGCUUUUGGAUGUUGAUUCAGGAACUAGUAAAAUGGACCAGUCAGUCAGUAAGAACAGUGGACAUGACACUGGUGUAUUUUAUGUUAACAAGAGCCCUGCAGAUGCAGAAAACCUCACCCAUCCAGAGGACAACCCAGGGUCUUCUGACUGUGAUAUGGCUCAUGUACAUGAGGAAGAUGGUGCUGAUGCAAUGAUUAAUUCAAAAGACUGUUUAAUUACUUGUGCCAACAGUAGCAGUGCCGAAACAUAUUACAUUUCAGGUACGGCUCCUCAGGUUCCUCUUGCAAGUUCAGAAUUCCCCAGACCAGGAGUUACUGAUGCCAAUAGUAUUGUAGAUUCACGAGAAAAUGAGCAUGGGAAGGUUGCAUCAAAUACUUAUUCUGAGCACUGCUACGAAACUGACACAUCUCAUAUUAGCGAAAAUCUUGCUGGGGUUGGAAAAGUUGAUGUUGAGGAGGAUGAUUCUCAGUAUGAGGAUGGAGAACUUAGAGAAUCUGGUGAUCGUUAUUGGGUGGGUGAUGGAUAUGAAGAAGUUAAGCCUGCCAACUGGGAUUACCAGGUAUCAGAUUACAAGAAUGGAGCAGCCAUUCCCCACCUUGCCCCUCUCCCUGUUGACUCUCUUUCAAAGAAUGUGGGUAUUCGUGUUGGUAGUUACAAUCAAACACAGAGAAAGGAAGAUGUGCCUAUUUCAUCUGUCUCGUCUAAGCGUUCAUGGUUAACAAACUGUUUAGAUGGUGGACCUCUUGCUGAUGGAAAGGCUCAAAGUAUUCAUUCGAGAGGUGAUACUCAGAUAUAUGGGAUAAACCCAGGCCGUGUACCAGUUGGAUCUGCUGCAAUAGCCAGCCAGUUUGAAAGGUGCAGUGAUGGCCUUGGUGAUGAUCUGUCAAGUAUCAGAAUGAAGAACACAGGUUGGGAUAUGUUGCCUGAAGAUCAAAAGCACUCUCGAUGUGAUCCAAAAGAUGGGGCUGAUUCGUCUAACCAUUGUGGUUUGAACUCGUCAGAUACAGCUGGAGAUGACAAGUCGUUGCAAAAAAUGGGUCUAUCAAAUAAAGAUGUGCAACGAGUGGAGUGGCAAAAGUCAUUUGACAGACCCCAGAGAAAUGAGCUGAUCAGAUCUGAUGAUGGUCAUGGCUCAGGCUCAAAAGCUGAAAGGACAAUUGACUCUCAUAGAUCACAUGGCACCUAUGAUGCAUCACGACAUGUUCAAACAGGCAACCAGGGGCAAUGGAUGGAAAAUUCAAAACAUCCUCGUUCUGCUCGGCGUAAAUCACCUGAAUGUUUUAAUUAUGGUCCAUCUGGUCCAAGGAAUGCUGCAGAAGCUGCUGUCGCAAAGAUGGAGAGCAACGGCUUUGUUGUUGCACCUGAUGGCACCUUAGUAAGGGCUGCUGAUGCUGCAAAUGCUGGUCAGAUGCCGAGAAGGAUGAGAAAUACUUCAAGUAGCUCAUACCGCCCUUUAUCUGGACGAGGUUCCCCAAUUGGCAGGGAUGGAACUUGCGGGAUGUCCAGAGGUCCUGUACAUUCAAGGGAUGCAUCUCCGGAGCGGCACUUUGGUGCUAAUAGUAAUCGCUCUGGUCGAUAUGGUCCAGAGAUGGAGAAAGAUUAUACUGAUGGAAAUUUGAGCUCAGUCCGUUGCUCACUGCCGAACAGACAACGAGGCAUCCCUGCUGGUAGGGCCUCCCUUAACCUUUCGCGUGCUCAUAGCAGAUCUCCUUCGGGGUCAAGGUCUCGAUCCCCACAUGACUGGGCAUUACCUAGGAACAGAAGGAAGAUUAUGGCAAAUGGAGGUUCAAAUUUAAGGAGGAAUAGUAGAUCUCCACCUAAUCACAUGGCUAAAGUUAGAAUGGGUAGAAUGACUUCACCUAAGCGACAACCUGGAUAUGAUGAUAGAUCUUUGCGUUACAGUCCUCCAUCAAGAAACCACACUUACUCCCAACAUGCUUCUACAUGGGUUGAUGGAAGGAAUGGCUCGACAGUAGAUCUUUCUGAUCAUAAUAAAAGAUAUUCAAGGAGAAGUCCUCCCCCAAGAAUUACCUCAUGGAAUGACAGAUUUGAUGUAAUGGACUCCCAAGGACGAUCAAGGUCUGGAGAGUUCUAUCGUUCAGCAAAUGGAAGACUUCCUUAUGGCUACGAUAGGGCAAAUAAGCAUGAUGGGAAUGGCGAUGAUCAAAGGGAGUAUGCUGAUAGAUAUGGAAAUCAUUCUGUCAAACCAUAUGACCGUAAUGGUGCUGUAAAGCAAUUCAGAAAUAAUACUGGAGAUAAAUUUCGGACUCGUAUUUCUGCUCCCAGAUCACCAGAAUCCCAAAGAAGGGCAAGUCCUCGGAGAUUUGACAGGAGCUUUGAGAGGUAGCUGACUAGCUGUCUGUGAAUUGGCCUGGUAGAACUAGAAAGGAUAAUAAAGAUCCAUCUGGAUAUGUUUGAAGUGGAAAAUGCUGCAAAUCCUUGAUGGAAUUCAAUUUUAGCGAUUUGAUAGAGGGCUCUCCUUUGAAGGAACUGCCUUUUCUGCUUCUGCUGCAUGUGUUCAAAGCACAGAAAUGCUGGAAUGAUGCACUUCUUUGGAGGGAAUGCAGAUUAACUUCACAAUUUUCCUGUUUCUGUUUGUAAAUAUUUAUAUUGGAAAGUAGAAUCACAAUUACUGCUUUCAGCUUUAUAGCUGUUUUUUUUUGUUCUCUCCUUUAUUUCAUUCUCUUUUUGGUGGGCAUUAUCCCUGUAUGAGUUCCAUUUAAACAUGAUCAAUCAAUUAAUUUUGAGCCCUAACACUUUUGUAUUUCUUCCAGUUUCUUUUCAUAUGGCAUUUUGUAUUAUCUGAUUGCCAGUGAGCACUUUGUUUUGUGCUGUUCAAUGUAUAUUCAAUUCA